AAGACAAUAACACCUUAGUCUUCACUCCUUUAUAAGUUUUUUUCUUCUUAAAAGUCUCCCGCUGCUGUCUUUCUCCUUUUCACUUUUACACCACAAAGAAAGCAACAAGAACUCAAAGAAAAAAGAUAAGGAUAACCUUGUACCGAAAUAAACAGCAUGAACCAUCAGGUUGCAGAAGAUGAGAUGGUACUCAUUUCCCAGUACUAUCCUGAUAUUUACACCCAACUUGUACCACAACAAGGAGGGUCAAAGCCGCGGCGGAAACGUAAGAAGAACAAAUCAUUAGGAGAAGGCAGCGGAAGUGAUCAGAUGAUGAUGAUGAUGAGGAAGAGGAAGUUGAGUGAUGAACAAGUUAAUUUACUUGAGCAAAGUUUUGGGAACGAGCACAAACUGGAGUCGGAGAGAAAGGACAAGCUCGCCGCCGAGUUAGGGCUCGACCCUCGUCAAGUUGCGGUGUGGUUCCAAAACAGAAGGGCUCGUUGGAAGAGCAAGAAGCUUGAGGAGGAAUACUCCAAAUUGAAAUCUGAACAUGACAACAAUGUUGUUGAGAAAUAUCGUCUUGAAACUGAGGUGUUGAAGUUGAAAGAACAAUUGAAUGAAUCAGAGAAGGAGAUACAAAGGUUGCUAUUGGAGAGGUGUGAUGGAGUAUCGAGCAAUUACACAAGUCCAAGUGCUGCUUCAUCUUUCUCAAUGGAACCACCAUUUCUAGGGGAGUUUGGAAUGGAAGGAUUGGACAAUGUGUUCUAUGCACAAGAGAAUAAUUAUGUUCAGGGAUUAGAUUGGGUUAACCUAUACAUUUGAUAUGAUUAUCAUCAUCAUGUGAUUAAUUUCUAAUUUUAGGAUCCCACAAUUCUAUUUGUAGAUAAGUGAUGACCCCACUAUAACGUACUAAUGUAUGUAAAUAUUUCUUUUUUUCUA